AUGGGCCGCUACUGCUAUAAACACCUCAACCAAGAUCCCUCCUUCCUCCCAUGCAACAGCCAACAACAACCAACUCCUGUCGCCCAACUGACAGAAGAUGACACCGCUGAUACUGCCACUGCCGUUCCACAACAACAACCUGCUCAAGUCGUUGAUGACAUGCCUCCUCCUCGCAUCCCAAAGACAGCCUUGCACCAAGAACUGGCAAAGCGUAUUCGCCAAUUGCAAUGGAAAUCUGUGCACAAAGAGUUCAUGGAGAGCCUGCAGAAAAGCAAACGUUUGUCAGAUCAUGACAUCGCAGCUGUAGUACAUUAUACGGCGCUUGGAUAUCAACGUAUGAAUAAAGUUUUGCGGAAUGUGACCAUUGAUGGCUGUGUGGACUGCCUUAAGGUGGACGAUCGCUGGGACGAGAGUCUCCCAGUCCAUCAAGGGACGGUCUACCGUGGCUCCAGCUGGCGUCGUGAACUGCUCUAUCAAUUGCAACCAGGGGCUAUCUUUGCCGACCCAGGGUUUCUUAGCACAUCAACAGACGAGCAAGUUGGAAAAGGCUUCAAGUGGGGAAGUGGUGGUGUCCUCUUUGAGAUUACCAGCAAGACAGGUCAAGAUGUCUCCAAGCAUGCUUUCGGACCGAGUCAAGCAGAAGCAGAGGUACUCUUUCGUCCCAAUACGAUGUUUCGCAUCACAUCUGUUGAAAGGACAACCGAAGGGGCAACCGAAGGGGCAACCGUGAAAAUGGAGGAACUCUGCUAG